AUGCGUUUGUCACGGGAAAACGAAGACGAUGAUCAAUAUGCAAAACGUACAGAACAAAAUCGAAAACAUAUGGGUAUCUCGCGUCAAAAUGAAGACGAUGAUCAAUAUGAGAAACGUACACAGGAAGAUCGCGAACGAAAACGUGUGUCGCGAGCACAAGAAACAGAACUAGAACACCGAAUGCGAAUAUUGAAUAUGGAACAACGUGCAUGUUGGCCGGCCGCAGUUCCUCGUGAGCUUAUCGUCUUAUUAGGAUGA